AUGGGAAAUACAUCGUCUCAGCCCGAACCAUUCCCUGAAAUCCCUGAGGAUUUUGGAGAUACCGUUCCUGAGACUCCGAAUCCUUCCCAGGCUGAAGUGACGAAGAAAAAGAAAAACAAGCGUUCCUCAACAUCCAAGGCUUUAUCGCCAGCAAUUGCGGAAGCCAAUGGUACAAACGGCUCUCUAGAAUUAGAUUCUAAUAUGUCGAAUCCUUCAAAGCGGAAGCGCGAGUCUGAACCUGAGCGCAAGCAGAAGGCCAAGAAACAUCGCAAAUCAGAAAAUUCAAUUGCCAAUUCAGCUUCACCAGAGAACAACCCACCAGCCUCUGAAGUUGCACUUCAGAGUCCCCCCACUCCCAGCCAACCGACUCCCUCAAAGCCCAAGGCGAAGAAGGCUCGCAAGCAGAACGGCGAAGAAUUGAAACCCGCGACUGCAUCUACUUCUCAACCUACUCCGGACUUAACGGCUGUAGAAAAACUACCCCCUAUAAAGCAACUGUCCAUUACCAAGCAAACUCCGGUCCCUAACUCACCCAACCUCGAGGGUAGCACCACGCCAGGGGGCAGCGCCAAGGGAGCUAGAGGCUCAGGAGUUAGAGGCUCACGCACCAGGGAAAAAGACAACUUGAGAAUUGGCUUCUAUACGCCUGAUGAAGUGCAAAAGAUAGAAGCGUAUAAACUCAAUUUUUGCACCGUGCAUGGCAUUCCUACCGCCAAAUUUGACGAGAUGGUUCAGCAUUCCGAGCGUGGCGCACACGGCGAAUUUCCAGUCUCCUCGGACAUCAUCUCGAAAGGCGACUUUUGGAAUGAGAUCUACGCUCUUGUUCCAGACCGUGAUCGACGAUCCGUGUACCGAUUCAUGCGCCGACACUUCCAAGCUUCGGCUCAAAGGGCACACGAUUGGUCGAAGGAACAAGACGAUGAGCUUAUCGAGCUCCAUCACAAGCACGGUCCGAAAUGGACUUAUAUUGGUAGGCUCAUUGGGCGCAGUGAUGACGAUGUCACUCAGCGCUGGAAGAACAAGCUCGAGCACCAGGGCACCAUGAACACAGGCGCGUGGUCAGAGGAGGAAACUAGGAUUUUCCUUGACGCCAUGGAAUCAGCGUGGCUUACAAUGAAGCCUAUGCUUGCCAAUAAUACAGGCAAGGACAUGUACCAGAUGGAUGAUGGCCUCAUCAUAUGGGGUAACAUCAGCAAGGCAAUGGGCUACAGGCGGUCUCGACAGCAAUGUGCGGAUAAGUGGCGGAAGAUUGUGAGACAGGUCAUGAUUAUGCGGGCCAAUGGCCAGCCAGGCGCGGUGUUUGAUCCCAAACUCGCUGCUAAGAAAAGUGCCCAUUGGAACAUGAGACUGGAGGCACAAAGGAAGAGCUCUCAAUUCGUGAAUGAGGAUUCUGAUGAUGACGAAGCCACAAAAACUACCAUCGCGAACCUAAACCCCGAGGGAGAGGCAGCGCCAUCAACCAUUGCCAAUGAUAAUGUGGAGUCCGAACACCAAGUGCACUCCGACGAGGGUGAGCCCGACUUGCCCGAGCCUCCCAAAAAGGCUAAUAAGUCAAAGUCCAAGCGCAAUCACGACGAGGAAGCCACCUCCUCUCCCAUAAAGGAAGCCCCGUCAUCUUCCGCCGUUCCUAAAAAGAGCAAGGAGGAGAGGAAGCGCGAGAAGAAAGAGCGGCGAGAGAAGGAGAGACAAGAGAAGGAGAGUCAAGAACAGAUUGAGGAAGAAGCUGCGGAUGAUAGGGCCGCACGCAAAGAGCGCAAACGGAAGAAGAAGGAGGAGAAGAAGCGAAAGAGACUAGAGGAAGAGGAACGUCUCGCUUCCGAUGCCAACGAGGCAGCUAGCAGCGAUGCUGAGCCCCCUACGAAGAAGAAGUCCAAGGAGCAGAAACAGGCCCCCGCUGACAGCCCUGUCGUUUCGGCUGAACGCUCUCGUUCUGUUGUCGAAGAAUCUUCAUCGCCCGCAUUACCUGCUUCCAACAGAUCUGCCACUGAGCAAGACGUCGUCGAUGAAACUGAUUCGGACGGCGGAGAUGACAACAGCAGCGAAGUCAACGUCAAGUACGAGACUGACUCGGAUGAGCUGUGA